UUCCACCAAGGGGGUGGCGGCUACAGGCGGGGAGGGUGCGGGCCUUAAGUCCUCACAGGUAGGCGUAGCGGUUGCCAGCAGCCUGGAAAGCUAACCACUGCCCCGCCUUCUGCCUCCACCUCGGUCUCAGGAGGCAGGAAUUGUCGUCCGUGGGUACAGCCGGGGUCCAUCCCCGCAGGUCUUGCACAUAUAAAUAUUACAGGUCUUGGGCAGUGGCCAUUACUAGCUUCACCAGAAGUGGAAGAGGGAACUAAGUGAACCCUACCUUAUACCUGGAACCGGAAUUGUAAUAAUGAACCACCACCCCAAGGAAACAAGGUCACAUUUCUCUAAAGAUAAUACAGAUCAUCAAUAGAAGAACUUCCUGAAGUUGUUCAAGAAAAAUUUGAAAAUAGCAAAAUAGAAGACAAAGAAUUGACAGCAGAUACAGAGGGCAGCAUAGAAGUAUUGUCCUAGGUAAUAGAACACAGCAGAGAACAACACAGACAGACUCUCCUACUCAUAUACAACUACAGCUGAUGAUGUCUUCCCACUUCAAUGUAUUUAGAAUUGGGAUCUCUUUUAUCAUGAUGUGCAUUUUUAAUAAAUCAACUGAAGACUCUGUGCCAGAACUGAGUCCUCAGAAAUAUUUUAGCACAUUGCAACCAGGAAAAGCCUCGUUAGCUUAUUUUUGCCAAGUUGAUUCCCCAAGUACCUCUGUACUUCUUGAAGAACUGAAUGAGGCCGCUGGACCUCUCCAGGACUAUGGAAUUUCAGUUGCAAAGGUUAAUUGUGCCAAAGAAGAUACAUCAGGAUACUGUGGAAAAGAAAAGGAUUUGAUGAAAGCAUAUUUAUUCAGAGGCAGCAUAUUGCUCAGAGAAUUCCCUACUGAUACCUUGUUUGAUGUGAAUGCCAUCAUCGCUCAUGUUCUCUUUGCUCUUCUUUUUAAUGAAGUGAAAUAUAUUACCAUACUAGAAGAUCUUCAAAACAUAGAAAAUGCUCUGAAAGGAAAAGCAAAUAUGGUAUUCUCAUAUGUAAGAGCCAUUGGAACACCAGAGCACAGAGCUGUUAUGGAAGCUGCCUUUGUGUAUGGAACCACAUAUCAAUUUGUCUUAACCACCGAAAUUGCCCUUUUGGAAAGUAUUGGAUCUGACAAUAUAGAACUUGCACAUCUCUACUUUUUUCAUUGUAAACUAGUCUCGGACUCGACCCAGCAAUGUAGAAGGACACGGAUGGAACAGUCAUUGACAACACUGAACAUUCACCUGUUUGUUAAGACAAUGAAAGCCCCUCUGUUGACCGAAGUUGCCGAAGAUCCUCAACAGGUUUCAACUGUUCAUCUCCAACUAGGAUUACCGCUGGUUUUUAUUGUUAGUCAACAAGCUACAUAUGAAGCUGAUAGAAGAACUGCAGAAUGGGUUGCAUGGCGUCUCCUGGGAAAAGCAGGAGUUCUACUCUUGUUAAGGGACUCCUUAAAAGUGAACAUUCCUCAGCACACCAAUGUGGUCUUCAAAAGAGCAGAAAAGGAAGUACCAGUGGAAUUUUUGGAGUUACAUGAUGUCAAUUUAAUAAUUUCCCAUGUGGAAAAUAAUAUGCACAUUGAGGAAACACAAGAAGAUGAAGAUGAUGACAUGGAAGAUCCAGAUAUGGAUAUUCAAGAUGAUGAAGUGGCAGAAACUGUUUACAGAGAUAGGAAGAGACAGUUACCUUUGGAACUGACAGUGGAACUAACAGAAGAGACAUUUAAUGCAACAGUAAUGGCUUCUGACAGCAUAGUGCUCUUCUAUGCCGGUUGGCAUGCAGUAUCCAUGGCAUUUCUACAGUCCUAUAUUGAUGUGGCAGUUAAAUUAAAAGACACAACCCCUAUGCUGCUUACUAGAAUAAACUGUGCAGAUUGGUCUGAUGUAUGUACUAAGCAAAAUGUCACUGAAUUUCCCACUGUAAAGAUGUACAAGAAAGGCGAGAACCCAGUAUCAUAUGUUGGUAUGCUAGGAACCGAAGGUCUCCUGAAGUUUAUACAACUCAACAGGAUUUCAUAUCCAGUAAAUGUAAGAUUGAUCCAGGAAGCAGAAGAAUAUUUAAGUGGGGAAUUAUAUAAAGACUUGCUCACCUAUUCUAGUGUGUCAGUACUGGGACUAUUUAGUCCAACUAUGACAACAGCAAAAGAAGAUUUCACUGAAGCAGGAAACUACCUAAAAGGAAGUGUCAUCACUGGAAUUUAUUCUGAAGAAGAUGUUUGGAUACUGUCAAAUAAAUAUGCUGCAACUCUUCCAGCCCUGUUACUUGCUAGACACAAAGAAGGCAAAAUUGAGAGCAUUCCACUUGCUAACACCCAUGUGCAAGACAUGGUUCAGAUAAUAACAGAUGCAUUACUGGAAACAUUUCCAGAAAUAACUGUGGAAAAUCUUCCCACUUAUUUAAGACUUCAGAAACCAUUACUUAUUUUGUUCAGUGAUGGCAGCAUAAAUCCUCAGUACAGAAAAGUAAUAUUGACACUAGUGAAACAAAAACACUUGGAUUCUCUUACUCCUUGCUGGUUAAAUCUGAAGAACACUCCUGUGGGGAGAGGAAUAUUGCGGGCAUAUUUCGGCUUUCUGCCUUCCCUUCCUCUUCUUGUUUUGGUGAAUCUGCAUUCUGGUGGCCACGUAUUUGCAUUUCCUUCCAACCAGUCUAUAACUGAACAAAGCCUUGUGUUAUGGCUUAAAAAAUUAGAAGUAGGACUAGAAAAUCAUAUCACAAUUUUAUCUGCUCAGGAAUGGAAACCUCCUCUUCCAGCUUACGAUUUUCUAAGUAUGAUGGAUGCUGCGACAGCUCCACAUCCCACAAGGAAAGAACCUGAGUAUAAGAAAGAAACAGCUGUGCAGGAGAGUGACAAGGAACAGCACGAAGACAAAUCGGCAGUCAGAAAAGAGCCAGUCGAAACACUGAGAAUAAAGCAUUGGAAUAAAAGUAACUGGUUUAAAGAAACAGAGAAAUCCCUUAAGCGUGAUAAGGAGUUAUGAUGCUCAAAAGUAAGAUAAUUUCAUAGGGCUGUCAUUUCCAAAGUCUUUUAGCUUUUCUGAGACACUUGAGAAUUUAUUUACUUGGAGAAUAAUACUAACCAUGUCAAGUAGACCUAUGCCAUCUAAUAGAAUUAUAAUGCAAGUCACAUUUAAAAUUUUUAGUAGCUAUACUUUUUGAAAAGUAAAAAUUGAUUUAAAAUGUCUUUCACUCGUAAGAAUACCCAAAAUAGCUCAAUGAAUAUAAAAAUCAUUGAGAGAUUUACUUUAUUUUUAACCAAACCUUUUUUUUUUUUUUUCUACCCAAGUCUUCAGAUGCAGUGUGUAUUUUACAUUUACUGCUAUUUCACUAUGUAGUAGCUUGUGUUUCAGGUGCUCAUUAGCCACAUGUGGUGGGUAAAUAUUAUAUUGAACAGCUCAGUACUAGACAAAAACUAGUAUAAGCAAUUUAACUUAAUUUUAUCCAUGGUAUAUAUUGGGAUUAAAAUUAAAAUGCAACUCUAGUUUAAUCACAGUUUACUCCUCAGUGGAGUGAUACAGGUGGCAGUUACAUUUUUCUUAUAGUCAUGAUGUUAAAACCGGUGUUUCUUAACCAGGAUACAGUUCCCCCCCCUUCAACCCCAGGGGACAUUUGGCAAUGGCAAGAGACAAUUUUGGUGUUGUAAUUAGAGAUGCUACUGGCAUGCAGUGGGUAGAGAGCAGGGAUGCUGUUUAAUAUCCUAUAUUGGACAGCACUCCCCUCAAACAAAGAAUUAUCCUACUCAAAAUGUCAAUAAUAUCAGGGAUGAAUACCCUGUCUCCAACUAACCUGUGGCAGAAUGGGCUCCCCACAUUUUCUAAAUCUGCUCAAUUAUGUUUGAAAAAAUUAUGAAUAUUAAAGAUAAAUAUUAGGUGGUGUUAUCUUAAUUGUUAUCUGGAUACAACUUACAAAUUUAUUUUUAUUCUUCAAAAAAUAACAAGGUAAACCUACAAAAGACUCAGAAUAGUGUGUGUGUAUGUAUCUAUAUAUGUUCAUAUAUAUUUUAAGGGAGUCUUGAAAAUUAUUUAUGUAGGUUAUAGUGCUGAAUGCUGAAUUUCAGACUGAACAGGAAUUAAACAUAUUGCUAUCUCAUAAAAAGAAGCUUCCUAUCUGAACCAUGUCUGAAAUCUGUCCUUAGACAAAUCAGUUGAUCUCCCUGGGCCAUAGAGCCUCAGCUUCAUAAUGGGAAGGCAGGAUUGGCCAAAAAACUAUUUUUUCUUUCACAUCACUUACUGUUGGGCUGAUUGUUUGCAGUAGCUGUCUCAGUACUCUGCAUUUUGCAGGACUUUGGUUAAAAACCUCUGACUUAGGUGAUCUACUGUAUUUAGGGUAUCUCAUUUUAAAGAUUUUCUCCACAUGUGGCUUCCUCAGAACAACUGAAUAACUGGAAUUUUAUAAUUAAAUUUCAAUAAAUCUAUAUAUUUCACUGUAUCAUUUGCUAUUCUCAGCACCCCCUUAGUUUACUUCCUAUAGCAUGUAGUACCUUAUUAGUUUGGUUCAUUCUCAUUCACUUUUCUAAUGUGGGAGAUGCCAAGAGUGAAAUCCAAUAUUGUUUGUAGUAAUUAAACAUCAUCAAUCAUUGAAAAAUGCUAAUUAUCUAUAAGCACAAAGAAACGUGAAAUUGAUUUGUCAUUGUACCCUAGCCAGCGAUUUGGACCCCCAUUAAUACAUGUUCAUUUUAUAAUUUUAAAUAAAGUGUCUGGAUUUCAGGCCA